CCCCCAUUCUUUUACAGGUAACCGCUCUGUUGUUAAUCGGAGAUGUCAGACUACUUUAGUUAAUCGAAUUAAAGGUCGCGGUUAUGUUCGUGUGAUGCAGGCUGCUGUGCGGGUGCUGCUCUCCGUAGCCUCUUUCAGGAUCGGAAACAGAGCUGCGUGCAUGUCAGCCUUUUCUCUGAAGCCUAAUCUUCUGCGUCGCUCCCCACAGUCAUAAUGAAGUUCGUGGUGGUGCUUGUGGGAGCGGGCACUCUGGCCUUCCUCGGCGCGGUCAUCUGCAUCAUCGCCAGUGUUUAUCCCCGGAAACGCGCCGCGCCUCUCAGCGACAACGGCACCCUGACAUCGGAGACGCUGCUCCAGCCCCUGGAGCACGGGUCGGUGGCACACGCCGGGCCGCUGGGUGCCCUCCACGGCGCCGAGUCCUACGAUGGAGGAAACGGGCUCGGAGGCAUCGGACUGGAAGUUCCCACUCUGAACGAACUCAACCUCGGGGAGGAGACUGGAGGGGGGUCCGCGAAACAGUUCAGUUUCAGCCGGCUGAUCUGCACACCUGUACCGGUCGGAGAAUGCAAGACGAAAGAUCUGAGGCAACGGCGGGAGCAGCAGCAGCAGCAGCAGCAGCAGCAGCAGCAGCAGCAGCAGCAGCAGCAGCAGGCGGAUGAGCCGCUGUACGGAACCGGUGAUGAGGACUGGACUUAUCUCCGGACCACCGCGGAGGAGCUCCGGCAGAUGGUCCUGCAGCAGAACGACCAGAUCCUCAUGGACCAGAGGACCAUCCGGGAGCUGACGGGGAAGCUGAGCGAGUGUGAGAGUGGCCUGGAGGACGAGAGGAGCGUCCCGGAGCGGAGCAUCGGGGUCUGGAGCGGCAACCGCCGCGUCAUGGCCGGGGAUGAUGUCAGCUCUUCCGCCGCGGCGCAGCUGCAGACGGCGAGGGCUGUGGAGGAGCUGGCCAGGGCCAUCAUGGACCUGAAGGACCGCAUUGAGAAACUCGAGGCGGAGAUAGGCCCAGCUGCCUUGAACCUCACCGACACGUCUGUGGGCACAAGUGGCAGCAGCAGCAGCAGCAGCAGCAGCAGUAGCAGCAGUAGCAGCAGUAGCCCGCCUGGUAACACCGGCAGGGCUCCCGCUCCACCCACGGGCAGUGCUUCCUCCCCACCUGCAGCUGCCACCCCAGGGGGUCGCCGUCCCGCCUCCCCGGCUUCCCCUGCGCCCAAACCCCCAACCAAGGGUUCCCCCGGGCGUGGCAAGGGCACCUGGAGGGUGGAGGACCUGGAGGGGGAGCUGGAGAGGAAGAUAAAGAUGCUGGAGAAGGAGCGUCAGGCCAUGAGGAAAGAGACUCAGGGCCAACACGAGAAGAUCAACCAGGGCAUCGACACCGUCAGCCACCGCGUCACUGAGCUGGAACACACGCUGACAGAGCCGUCGUUCCCCGAUGGCUUCGUCCUCUCCUUCCCCAUGCGGACUAACUACAUGUACGGCCUGGUGAGAAAAGAGAUAACUGAGAUGUAUGCCUUCACAGCCUGUGUAUGGUUGAAGGCCAAAGAAGGGGGCAUCGGGACCCCCUUCUCUUACUCAGUGCCGGGGCAGCCUAACGAGCUGGUGCUGCUACAGGGAGUCCACAACCCUGUGGAGCUGCUCAUCAACGACAAGGUGGCGCAGCUGCCUCUGUCCCUACCGCAGGACGAGUGGCAGCACAUCUGUGUCAGCUGGACCCUGAGGGACGGAGUGUGGAAGGCCUACCAGGGGGGGAAGAUGAAGGGGAGGGGAGAGGGUCUGGCUGCCUGGCAUCCCAUCAAACCAGGAGGGGUCCUCAUACUAGGACAGGAACAGGAUACGUUGGGGGGGCGAUUUGAUGCCUCCCAGGCCCUGGUCGGGGAGCUCUCCCAGUUCAACCUGUGGGAUCGGGUGCUGAAGCCUGCGGAGGUGGCCGCCCUGGCCGAAUGCAGCUCCUCGGCGCUCGGCAACAUCGCCCCCUGGACCGACCACGACGUAGAUGUCUAUGGCGGCGCCACCAAGGAGUCCCUGGACCCCUGCCACGCCGCCCAGAGAUCCAAUCCCUCCAGCCCCAAACAGUGAGGGGGGUGACUGGGAGAAGCCGGCCAUGGGUGGUCGUGUUUGAUAGGUCGAUUUAGGAGUCGAUUCAGGAGUUUAAAGGCGUAUCAUAUUGGAGUAUAUUUGUUUGUGUGGGGGAUGGGAGCUUCUCUGCUGGACUGAAAGGUGGAGCUGUUAAGUCGUUAAGAGUGGUGUAUCUGUUUUGAUUUUUGUGUUGGUGUCCACGCUCAUGUGUUUACUUCUGCAGUGAGAUACAGUGAGUUUAGUCACGGCAUCACUUUAGUGAAGGCUGCAUGGGUGGUUUAACUUAACGGGACUAUUAUGGAAGAGCUCUAUAAUAGAUUACUGACGGGCUCUGGUGAGAUGUACCACCCUCUGCUGUGGGUCAUCAUCUGUUGGGCCGGUUAACUCUACUGCCCUUCAGGCAGAAGGCUUUGAUGGGUUUGAAUGCAGUAAUGAAGGAACCUUUAAUGGCGCCGUAUAUAAGGGUUACUUAUUUUACAACAAAGUGACACAAAGUUCUGUCUUUCUUUAUCUUGUGUCCAGCUGGUUGUGUUUAACGCUAAAACUGAUUUAUGAGACGCUAUCAUGCUAACACUGAUUUCAACACUCAAUGGGGAACAAAAUGAGUUUUCUUCAUUUUUAACUUAUACGAUCCUGUUGAGUGAUGUCCGUGUACUUUUACGUUUUUCUAUAUUGCAUACCAUGUUUUGGUAAAACAGUGGUCUUAUAAAUGUAUAUUGUGUAAUGUAUCUCUGCUAAUGUCGCUCUGUGCCAGUCUGCUCCUCCUGCUGUAGCCUCUCACACACCUCACAGUCCUGCACGGUUAAGUUGCAGCGCUUUCGAUUCCAACUUAAACAAAGCGGCACUCUCGAUUGACCUCUGAAAUAAACACUUGAUGUCGAACCAAAGCACCGAUCAGACACUGAAAUCGUGACAAAAACCUGAGUGAGUUUGAUAAAACUGUGUUGUAUCCUUGAAUGUAAAGCAGAUGGAAUGUCUAAGUAUAUUUGCAUGACCAAGGUCACAUUUACUGUCACUGAAGAAACUAACUCAAAAUGUGUAUAUUACAAAGUUGAUGUCCCCCAAACUGCCCGACACUCUUAAGCACACAGAUGUCUUCGUGGUGAAUCAGAUCCUCACACAACAGAAAGCAAAGUGUAAGAAGUGGAUUCUUUCUAUGAUGACCGUUUUGUACUUGACAUAGAGAAACGCCUGAAGACCAACUCACACUUUC